GAACGGCGCCUACUUUGCCUGCUUUCCAUUCCCCGGGUGCUCGGGGGCGACCAACGACGGACGAGCAGCAACAAUGCUCCGCCUCUCCCGCUUCCUCCCCUCCACCUCCACCUCCAGGGGAGUCACUGGCCUCAAAGAUGCUCUCUGGAGCGGUUCAUUGACAUUCAAGCAUGCACUUUCGACUUCAGCUGCAAAUGUUGAUGAGAAUGCAUCUGCUAAGAAGUUUGCGAGCUACACUGUGUUCAAGGGAAAGGCUGCACUUUCAAUAAGUCCUAUCCUUCCUUUAUUUACCAAACUCGAAUCUGGAGGAUCUCGAGUCAACAGAAAUGGGUCAGUAAUGUUGACCUUCUUCCCGGCAGUUGGACAAAGGAAGUACGACUAUACGAAGAAACAGCUCUUUGCUCUGUCACCUACUGAAGUUGGAAGCUUGAUAAGUCUUGGACCUGCUGAAUCUUGUGAAUUUUUCCAUGAUCCUUCCAUGAAAUCAAGUCAUGAAGGUCAAGUGAAGAAAUCUUUGUCGAUCACUCCUCUUGGCAGUGAUAAUGGAUACUUCGUUAACAUAACUGUUCUGAAUAACGUGCAGAAGACAAAUGAACGCCUUUCAGUCCCUGUAACAAAAGCUGAAUUUGCAGUUAUGCGCACGGCAUUGAGUUUUGCAUUGCCGCACAUCAUGGGCUGGGACCAGGCCCUAUCCACUCACCCUCAAAGCGCCCCGACCUCAGCUAGCAAGCCUAGGUUCGAGCGCCCAAACCCAGAUUCUGAAUGGGACAGGUGAAGCUUUCCUCCUCGCAGCAGCUCGCCAGAGGGCUUUAGGCACCACCGUAGCUCGCCACUGAAAUGCGUGGAUACGUGGGAUGUCAAACUGUGUUUCUUUUGUGAUCAAACUAGGGAACUGUCUUUAUCAGAUUUUAUUGUACCCGAGGAGAUUGAAGUUAGGAUGUCAAACUGUGUUUCUCUCGUGUCUGUUCAGUGCACUUCUAGAUUCAGGGCGAAUCUCUGUUCUAGUUUAAGAUAUGAUGACUUGCGUGGAUGUCCUUAAUGGCUGUUCAAUCA